AUGGCACCAAAUCAUAUUUUAAUGAACAUCGAUAGCGCUUUUUUUUACGCACCGAAUCUCUCUUACGCUUACGCUAUUCCUGCGCCAUCGAACGAAAAGGUUUUACAGCGCCAAUUGAUUGCUCAUCCAUCUAUCGUCCUUCCAAUGACCGAUAACGAAAUAAUGUCAUCGUCUCUUCAUAAUUCGAAUGAUGAAAUGUCGGAUCAAAAAUUAACACUUCAAUGGUUGGAUACAAGUACAGGGAAUGAUUCUUUGGCGACUUCUGCGAUGCAGCAGCUUCGAUCUCCGCUUGGAUCUUUCAUGAUGGGUGAAUCUCUCUUCGAAUCUAACGAUGUAAUGUUGAGCAGUCCAACAGAAGAGAAAGUUUCUCCCUCUGUUUUAGACUCCCCAGUAAACAGCAAUCUUGGAGAAAACAAUAAUUCUGAAAUUUUAAGCAAUUCUUUUAACGACAAUAUCAUUUUGGAUGGAACUUUAAAUUCCCCUUUGGAUUUCUUUAGUGAACAAGACUUUGCCGCUCUGGCUGAAGCUAGUUCUUUGGCUUUGUCUUCUAUGCAACAUAUUCAAUCUCGUAGAAAAUCUAUGCAAGAUAUGCCGAUGGAGAAUUUUGUUAAAAUUGAACCAAUCGAAGAAAAUAAAGAUCUUCAAAUGACAUUAUCAAGCGGCGAUACUUCACGUCACGACUCGGAAAGUUCUCCCGUAGAGACUACUUCAUCUCAUACUAGCCCAUUUUCUACUGCUCCAUCUUCUCCUCACCAGCCGGUCUCAACAACUAACAUAGGCAUCUCACCUGAAGUUGUCAACCCACUUCAAACCGUUCCAAAAACAAAAUCCAUUAAAAAACAUACAAGCACUAAACCACCGCGUAAUGUUGAGUGUUUUAACUGUGGUGUGAAUAAAACUCCGCUUUGGCGUCGCACACCUGAUAGAAUGCAUUCACUAUGCAAUGCUUGUGGAUUAUAUUAUAAACAGUACAACACUCAUAGACCAUUACAUGUCAGAAACAAGCCAAGUAAUAAUAAUGCUCCUUAUACUCUCCCCGCUUCACGAAAGAAUACGAUUGCUAUCGUAACUCCUAAUAAUGAUUUACCUAUUCGUUGUGUUAAUUGUGCUCAGACUCAAACUCCACUAUGGAGAAAAAAUGAAAAAGGUCAACCUAUCUGUAAUGCAUGUGGUUUGUACGCUAAAUUACAUAACAGAGAUCGCCCGGUUGCUAUGCGAAAGUCUAAGAUUCAACGUCGUCGUAGAGAUUGGGGUGCCGCUAAUGGUAAUCCUAACGGUUCUUUCGAUAGUUCGGGAUCGGAGGUUUCUUGCGAUUCCAACCCACAAAGCCCAACUUCUCAUCAACACUCACUUACCACAAUCCAAACUCUCUUACCAAAUCAUCGUUCCAUCAUCCCUUUAAUGAUUCCUCAUUCACAACUUAUACCUUCUCCAGUCGUGGUGAAUCCACCACUUCAGCAAACUUACACUGCGACUCCUUGUAUUCCUCAACAAUGUGAUUUUGAUGAUUCUCGUUUUAAAGCAUUGAUUGGGAAGAUGUCUCGAAAGCAAGUUGAAGAAUUUCUUUCUGUCUUGGAAAAACGAUGUGAUAUAUUGAAACAAGUUUUGAGUCAAGAACAAAAUUGUUGA